AGUUUCCUCCUAUAAUGGCCUUUUGUAAAUCUCAUUCUUUCCAUCUUGCUAUGUAAAUUCAUACCCUUAAUUUUCUUCAAACUCCUUUGUUCUUCUUCAACAUGUCUUCUCAAUCUCCACUACCAAUCACUUCCACCAUAGGCAAGUUUCAAACCAAGCUUUCUUCACUAGCUCAAGGAAAUGUCACCAAAGUUUUGGCAUUUUCAGGGCUAGUCUUGUUCAUGCUCUAUGUUUUCUUGUUUUCACCUCCCAACUACCGACCAUCUGACCUUCUUACAAACCUCAAACAAAAAUUUCCAUUAGUCAACACUUCUCUGUCGUUGCCACCGCCGCCGCCCACCGAUACUCCGACCAAUGUCUCCCACAUCAUGUUCAGCAUCGUUGGCUCAAUGAAUACAUGGAAGUACAAGAGACAUUAUAGCGAGUCAUGGUGGCGUCCCAAUGUAACUCGAGGCCACGUCUUCUUCGAACGACCUCCUUCCGCGGAGUUCCUACCGUGGUCGGACUCCUCUGCUCCAUUUCGAGUCAACGAAGAUAUUACAGGCUUUGCAGUGUAUCCCAAAAUCAAAUGGCCAGAUCAGGUGAGGAUCUUUCGAACGGUGAUGGAGUCGUUUAGAGAAGGCGACAAAAAUGUGAGGUGGUUCGUGAUGACAGACGACGAUACGAUAAUAUUUGUAGAUAAUUUAGUGAAGACAUUAGGAAAGUAUGAUCACAAGAAACAUUGGUACAUUGGGAUGAACUCAGAGUGUGUGAAGUCUAACUUUGAUUUCUCAUUUGAUAUGGCUUUUGGAGGAGCUGGCUAUGCUUUGAGUUACCCACUUGCAGCAUUGGUAGCCAAAAGGUUGGAUGGUUGCAUUGAAAGAUAUCCCUAUUUAAGGGUUAGUGAUCAAAUGUUGUUCUCAUGUUUGUCUGAUUUGGGAUUCUCUAUUACUCAUGAAAUGGGGUUUCACCAGAUUGAUCUACGAGGUGAUGCAUCGGGAUAUCUAUCAUACCAUCCUCAAACCCCUCUCCUUUCUCUCCACCACAUAGAUCUAAUCAACCCCAUUUACCCAAACAUGGACCGCCCUGCGGCCAUCAAACACCUGAUGACAGCGGGGGCGGUCGACCAAUCUCGGCUGCUUCAGCAAACGAUAUGUUACCACCGUCCCUCAAACUGGACAUUCUCAAUGUCAUGGGGGUACUCAGCCCACAUCUACGAGGCCAUAAUGGCUAGAAGCUAUUUGAAGAGGCCACUGGAGACAUUUGCACCAUUUGAAAGAGCUAGGGCUCCCAUUUUCAUGUUCAACACAAGGUGGGGAGUUCUUGAUAACCCAUGUGAAGCUCCUCAUGUGUUGUAUUUUGAGUCCAUUGAAAGAGAUGGAGAGGAUAGGAUUGUUACUACUUAUUUGAGGAAAUGGGCUCGUAAUCUUCCUCCUUGUGCUUCUUAUGGAAACCAUUCUGCUGAAUCCAUCUCCAAGAUUAGGGUUUUUUCUUCUGCCAACAUCCCUUUGGAGGCUGGAGGAGCAGAGUGUUGUGAUGUACGAAUAUUGGACAUGAAUGUUACAGAAGUGAAUUAUAGGCCUUGUUAUAGUGGGGAAGUCAUGGCUUAAAUCCUAAUUUAUAUGCAUCUGAUCUUUCUUUGGUUGCUUAUGAGAGUUCAACUAUAGCAAUAUAUUGUUUCAAAUUUAGAUGGCAAUAACUGAGUACUAUUGUAUCA